ACUGUAUCAGACAGAGCUUCUCAGCUGGUAAUUAGACCACAACUUUUUGUCUUUGGCAGAACCAUGGUGUCGUUUGGAUUCCUGACUCUCCUUGCUUUAGGUUGCCUGUUGCCUAUCCUAGUCGCAGAGCCUUUGGUGUUCAAGGAUUGUGGUGGUCAGAAAGGGAAGUUGCUCAGUGUGGACGUGAGCCCGUGUCCCACCCAGCCGUGUCCUCUUGUGAAAGGCAGUACCUACUCCAUCAAUGUGACCUUCACCAGCGAUGAGGACAGUGUCUCCAGCAAGGCUUAUGUGUACGGUGUUAUUAAACAAAUUCCUAUCCCAUUCGGCAUCCCAGAACCCGAUGGCUGCAAGAGUGGUGUAGAGUGUCCCAUUAAGAAUGGUCAGACGUACACCUACAUUACCAAGAUGCCCAUCAAGACUGAGUACCCCUCUAUGAGGCUGAUUGUGAGGUGGAAACUAAAAGAUGACAACUCAAAUAACCUGUUUUGUUGGGACAUCCCGGUGGAGAUCACUAAUGGCUAAGCAGAAGAUAACCACCUACCCCCCCAGUGAUUCAGUGCUUUAUACUCCAUUCCUUGCGCCUUUUAGCUUUUCUGACUGCUGUGCAGUUAUAACCUUUUCUCCUCUAAAACAAUUAGAAUUAGGGGGUUAGGACAUUUUGGUUUUUAUUUUAAAUAAAAGAUUGUUCCAUUAAUAUAAGAUUCUCUUUUACACUUAAUAAAUGAAAGUGCUCCUGUUUAA